CAUUUUUAACUCAAACAAAUGCCCUUAAUAUUAUGACACUCGCAAAUAUUUUUAAACGUUUUUAAACAUACAUACCAUAUAAACAAAAUAAUAAAAAAGCACUAAUAUUAGUAAAAAAUGUUGUGCCCCGAGGGUACUCAGUAUCAAAAGGAUUCGGUAAAGAAGGAAGAAGAAACGUACAACAAAAAUAAAGUGCCGGCAGAUGGACCCGGUAACUUAGAUUUGAAUUCUUUUAAACAUCAUAAAAAUUGGAAAAAAUCUAUAUCGAGUUUUUUUCGUGGUCAGCUUCGCUCUACCAAAUCAAACGAUGGUGAACGACCAUCUGGAAGCAAGGAAACAUUCGAAGAUAAACAAAUUAGUCCUGAACAAAAAUGGCAAUCUUUAGGUAAAGUGUUUAGACGACAAAGUUUUGCGGAGCAUUGGAAUAAGACUGCGCAUAAUGAAGGCGAAAACUCUUCUCAGAAUAGACGUCUUGCUGUUAGAAAAGUUAUAUCGAGCUAUUUUGGUAGAACCCAAAAGAACCAGUCGGCUACAAAUGAAAAAUAGUAUUUUGAUUUGUAAUUAAAAGUAUUUUUUU